CUAGAUUUAAGAAAGUAAAUUUGUCUCGAAAUUUUAAUAACUUGCAUCCAUUCGUAAAAUUUUACUUUUACUUUUUUUUUUUUUUAUAGUUUUAUAAAUUCUCUAGCCGGUUCAGCAGCUGUGAAAUACAAAAUUUAUCAGUGCAACUGCACAAGCAGUCAAACUUUAGGGACGAUCUUUCAACUUUAGUAGUUUUUGUGACUUUUUUUUGUAUAACAUUUAUUAUUCAAAUUUAAACAUAUUUAAAUUAAAUUAGUUGCAAAGCUUACGUAUUAUUUAACUUUAAUAAAGAGAUCGAAAGAUCAAAAAGAUGUUAAGGAUCGACCAUUGAUUGGGGUUCGUGCAAUUAUUCGUUAUUAAUUGCCUCUCUAAUUAAUAAUCUUCUUAGAACUGAUCGCAUUCACUCCGUAGAUGAACCGUAGAAAAUAAUACGUUCAAGUAUUAUUAAUUUCAUGUAUAUAGCAAUAACUUUCUUAGAAGGGAGAUCUUGGUCGGUUAUUCACAUCUUCCUAUUAUUUUUCCAUUCAUUAGAAAUGAUAUCAACUGAAGCAGAAAAUGAACAUUGGAUGGAUAAUUAUUUAUAUAGAAUAAUCAAUAUAGUUUAUUGAUCGCAAAGAUCUGUUGCCACGGUAACGACUUGAAAAUUUGACUUUCCUUAUGAAUAAUGGAACUGGUUUGUUUAUAACAUAAGACAUUAAUUCCGUAUGUUAAAAGGUGACAGAUGCAAGAACAUUUUUGAAUGCGACUAGCAAGCGCUGUGAUUUAUUUCUGACUAUCUUAGCAUUUUUAUACAUAUUUUUUUAUUAUUUUAAUUUGUUAAUAUACACAUUAGAAUAUAGUUAACUUCCUGGUGACUAAUAUAAGCAUUUCCUUCCUUCCAAUAUCAUUUUAAAGACUUCAAAGCUAAGAAACUAGUAAAAAGUUGCAAUUAAAAAAUAGAAUAGACUAUUUUAUUUUGAAAAUGCAUUUAUAUAUGUGAAUUCUACAUAUAAAAGUUUAAAAACAUAUUUAAAAGUUAGCAUAAAAAAGCUGGAUAAAGAAGAUUUUCAAUAAAGCUAUAUUUUUCUUUCUAGAUAGCCUUUGAGCAGUUUAUCAUGAUAAAAAUAUUUGCUAUAUUUACAAUCUAAUCGGAUUUUAUAUGCAUUUUUCAAACAUAAAUAGUUGUAAUUUAUAUAAACGUUUCAGAUAAAAAUAUCGAGAUCAAUAAUUUAUACGCUGUAAAGGAACAGUAUUCGCGUAUAAUUAUCGGAGCGAAUCAACUGUAAAAUAAGGAUAUGCUACUUUAGAAACGAAAUUUAACUUAAAGGUGAUCUGACUAGAAAGGGGAAAUGGAAUAUAUUAAACAACUGUGGCUAAAAAUCUAUUAAGUCAACUGUACUUUACCUAGUCAAGUUUUACGAUCGACUGUUCGCAUAUCAUUAAUCAUUCGAUAGAAAGUGAAGCAGAAAAUCCACCAAGCGCAGUAUCAAGUCUGCUUUUAUUGGUACUAUACAAAGGUUCAUUUGGUGCAGCGUAAGAUUUAACUUGUCCUUUCGGUCAAUGGAGAUAGCUUACUGCAUCUUUAGCAUUAAAAGAAGAAGAAACUUAAGACCGAGAUGUAAAAUCCUCUUAACGUGCGGUGCAUUGGUUUACAGAAGUGAAUGGAUAGCAAAAUCUCAUCAGAGGCAGCUGGCGCCUAACGCCUAGCGUGCUCCCACUAGCUGUUCGGAUGUGCCAUUUCACUGUAGCUCUGUCAGAGUUAGAGAGUGCUGGACAGUUCGACUAGACACAACGGACAACCAUUGACUGACAUCUGUUAAUAAUUGGCCACAGGCAAUUCGACACUGGGUUGCUGUCAGGGGCGUAACUAUGGUGAGUCCGUUAUUGAUGGCUGCAUCGUCGGGCUGAAGCCACUGCGCCUAGUAAGGGGGUGAGUAAGCAGUGGCAGUCGGUGGUACUCUCGCUCUAAACAGUUGCUCGUUUCUGACCCUCGUGACUGUUCGCUUGGACUUCUGCCUCUACAACAACUAGGAAUAAUUAUGUGACGUUGAUGUGACAUACCUCACGCCAUGAUACCUUGGUGGUGGAAAUAUAUAAUUUUCAUUUUUCUCUGGAUUACUUCAGCUUUUUCUGCAAAUCAUGAUAGGGUGGGUCCUUCUUUUGUUAUGGAACCAGCCAGCAGAAUAGAUUUUCUUAACUCCACCGGCACCGUAAUACCAUGUACCGCUCGUGGUAUUCCAACACCUUCAAUAAGUUGGAUGAAAAAGGAUGGUUCUUCUGUGGGAGAUAUACCUGGAUUGAGACAUAUAAGACCAGAUGGAUCUCUGGUGUUCUCACCUUUUCCUGCCGAGGAUUAUAGGCAAGACGUCCAUUCAGCUGUCUACAGGUGUGUGGCAAGCAAUGUUGCUGGGACAAUCGGAAGUAGGGAUGUUAUUGUCAGAGCAGGUGAGUUAUAACUGCAAAUUCCCUUUCCGUAUCUAAAAUUACGCUACAUAAAUUAUGAAAAUUUUAGAAUAAUUUUUUUUCAUUGGCAAAAUUCCAAUUAAAGUUUUCUCGGUUCUUUCUGAUCGAUCUUUUGUAUUUUGUUAACACUGCAUGGUAAGUAAGCCGCAGUCAACAGAUGGUCUCCAUGGUUCAUUUAUUACUUAAACUUGCUCAUUAGCAUAAAGAGUUUGAUUUAAUUAUACCCAACGUUAUCAAUGUGCUGUCACUAGAAUUACUUCAUCGUAUUCCUUACGGCAUAACUCCACACUCUUGUUGCUCAUUCACGCUUAAAUUAUACCAAGAAGAGAUAAGAAUUUCUUAACGCGCAGGCAAUGAGAAAGUCAUCGCGAUAAUUGCAAUUAACCGAGCUAAACGAUACAAGAAAAAAAAAAGAAGAAAUGUUUAACCGAAAUUCAGUAUAAUUACAACUCUUUCCGCAUCCUGUAUCCGUUGAAUAUUCCUGAUGUACAUCUUUGAAUCAAUAUGUUUAUGAGAAAUGCAACAAUAUGAGAAAAUUAAACUGAAGUAGCUCUGGUCGAGAUAUGUACAAUAGGCAUUCGAAACGCAUGAAUUAAAUAUUAUGCUUAAAUUUAUUGAAUUAUUUUAUCAGCAUAGAACACUCGUACAGUCUGAACAAUGUUUGAUUUAAUUGAAUUAAACCUUAAAGAUAUGCAAAUAUAAUACAAAACUUCGUACGUUUCUACAUUUCCUAUCAGCUUUUAGCUUCCUACGUGGGCUCUGAUAAUUUUGAAUAAUUAAUGAUUGAUGUUCAAACAAAAACAUUAAAAAAGUCUUUGAUCUUACAAAAACAU